CCUCCCCCAGAGCUGAAGGAUGAACUCUCUCCUCGGCCUCUCUGUGCUAUUUGUGUGGGGCUUGUCCCCAGCCCACGGGAACCUGCUGCAGCUGCACCAGAUGAUCUCAGAGGUGACAGGGAAAAUUGCUCUUCUGCAUUACGGCUUCUACGGCUGCUACUGCGGCCUGGGGGGCAAGGGACAGCCCAAGGAUGCCACAGACAGAUGUUGCCAGCUGCAUGAUACUUGCUACGAAAACCUCCUGAAGUACCACUGCGAUGCCAAGACACGGCUCUACCACUACAACUACCACCGUGGCAGGCUCUCCUGCAGACAGGGCUCCCGGUGCGCCUUCUUGUCCUGCGAGUGCGACCGCAGCCUGGCGCUGUGCCUGAAGAGAAACGUCGGGAGCUACAGCAAACGCUACCGGUUCUACCCCAACAAACGGGACACCUUGGGCUCACCAAACCCCAGAGCUGCCAUCGCCAGAAUGAAGCUCCUCUCGCUGCUCCUCUUCUUCCUAGGACUGACCUUUGUCAGCUGCGACUUGUUCCAGUUUGCAAAGAUGAUUAAGAAAAAGACCGGGAAAGGAGCGCUGGCUUACAACGGAUACGGCUGCUACUGUGGCUUGGGGGGAUCCAAACAGCCCCUGGAUGCCACUGACUGGUGCUGCCAUGCCCACGACUGCUGCUACAGGAGAUUGGCUUCCGCCGGCUGCAAACCCAUAACGACCAGAUACAAAUUUGACAUCGUAGGAAACAGUAUAAUCUGCGGAGCUGGGAAUUCGUGCCAAAGAGGGACUUGUAUGUGUGACAAGAGGGCAGCUGAGUGUUUCCAGAGGACAGCCGGCUCCUACCGCCAAUCCUACAAAAACUACCCCAACUUCAAGUGCAAGGGCUCAACACCCUCCUGCUGAACACACCUGCCAGGCUGGGACCAACAGAAACCCUUGGAACUGGGGGGUUCUGCCUUCCCUGUGGCACCAAAAAGGUGUCCAGCACCUUUCCCCAGAGCCUUAGCACAGGAAAAACCUGCUUCCUGUGGUUAAUAAUUCAUAACAAUGAGAAAAACCCUGCAAAUAAAGAUCUGUUUUAA